AAAAACUUGUUGACUGUUAAUUAAAUCUCAACUUAUUAUUAUUAUGAGGUAAGUUUCAGACUUGUGAAAUUGCGUGAAAUGGAACAGUUGUAAUUUUGGUAUGACGUCACAUUGACGUCAUCCGUUGACAUUUGACAUUUUAGCGCCUUUGUUAUUAGUGCGUUAAAAAUGUUUUUUAAAUUAAUUACUUCGUACAAAAGGGCACAAAACAUACAGUGAUGUAUAAAAUAUACGUUAUAUUUCUUGAAGAUUUAUUGCAACAUAUUAUUUAGUCAGAAAAAGAAAAAAAAAAUAGUUUUGAAUUCAAAUGUGUUAAGGUCCACAUUUAAAUUAUGAUGAAGGCAGGUAAGAGUGUAGAAGUUAAGGAGGAAAUUGCCGAGGUGCAUACAGCUGCUAGGUCGCCAUCACCUAAGUGCAAAGGGACUGAGACACGUAGAAGUAGAUCGGCUUCACGCAAACUUUCCAACGGCCAUGUUUCAAACACUGAACCACUUGAUACGCCAACUACAGUUGAAGAAAGCCCAGAGACCUCGACAAAGAAGACUAAAACAAAGGAGAAUUGGAUAAAUUCAGAACAAGAGUCUCUGGAUGUUGAAAUACCAAUUCAUGAUCAAAUAAAACUAGGUAUCCUAGGUUUUGUGGAGAAAGAAAUUAAGAAAUCUGAUAAGAAUCCAUCAUUUGUAUUCUAUUCACAUGACCCAAAUGGCUUAGAGGAGAAAUUCAUGAAGAAUUUGUCAAGACCAUCUAGUGGUCAUAAGGAAAAGCGGAGUCCAUCCUAUAGGAAAAAGAAAAGACAUUCAUCUCGACACAGAGACAGGGAGCUUCACGACUUUGAUGUGCCCGGGUCAAGUCUCAGUGCAUUAGAAAAGGUUGACGAUUACUUGAAAGAAUAUAACAAAGAUGAAGUGGUGACUCUUAGUGGUGAGUUGGAAAUUGAACCAAAUGAUACAGAAAACAAUAAUGGAACUUCUAGAGAGAUUAGACACAAGCCGAGGAAGACCCGACGGAAAACAAGAGAGGAGCGCACAGAGAGUGGUGCUGUUAGCAAAGAAGUUAGCCCUAAAGUUUUUAAAACUGGCACUAAAAGUAAAAAUGGAACAAAACCAGUGAGACCAACAGACUUAACAACAAUGUUGGAGAGAUUGGAGUCAAAUGUGCCAUACCAUGACCAGUAUAUAGACAAUCCAUUUUCAUCCCCAUCACCUCUGACAUCACCGAAUGAUGAAAGACUUGAUCCUUUCACUCGGAGAACUGAUAAAAUAUAUCUUCAAGGCGGCGGCACAUUCAGAGCAGUGUCCAGAGAUAGAAUACUACAAGAACAGCAAUCUCGAGAUGAUGAUAAAUAUUUAAGAUUAGGCAAUUUAUCACCAUUAGAUAUGGCAAUAACAGUACAAAAGGCUUGGCGAAGUUGUGCGCCUGCUUGUCAUGGAGUAUUAGGAGGGCUGUCGUUAAUGCAUCUCCUACUCAUCAGCUACUCGGACAGUCUGGAUGGUGGUCACCUGUCAUUCCAUGCUGUAGUGACAAUGCCAUAUGUGGCCACUUACUAUUUCUUCUGUGUGCUGUGUUUAUUGUCAGUUUUAGAUAGACUGGACGUGGCCAGUAUCGAAGUAUCUCGCGGGCUGCAGCCGUGGUUCCAGCCCAUAGUGCUGGUCAUCCUGUACACGGCAUGUCUGCUGGUGUGCACGGCCGCCAGGAUGUACGACGAGCUGAUGGUCUACCAGUAUGCCCCUGUCUUCCUUAACAGCACAGGAAAUGUUACUGUGCCGACAGUCCCUUCGUUUUACCACACAUGGACGCACCUGUCGAUCUGGCGCGCGGUCCUCUCGAUCCUGGGGCUGGUGUACUUCGUGAUCUCCAGCCCCCCGGACCUGGUGCAUGCCGGCCUCACACAGCUUCUGCACUUCAAACACCCCUUGCAGAGCAUCGGAUGAUUCACCUUUAAUUCAUAGUUUCACAUUUCCGCCUCGAAACCGACCAAUCAGAAGUGAGUGACGGCGCCACCGUCGAUAAUACUGGCACCUGAUUGGCGGAUAAUAUAAUCGCUUGACAUUUUUCAAACUAUUUUUCCAUUUUUCUCUGCUUUGUAGAUUAAUUAUAUUUAUAUGUUUAAUUUUUUUUCAGCUGGCAAUACUUAGCUAUUAAGCUAUUUGAUUUCAAAUACUUUUUAAACGCCUUCAGUACUCAUAAUUUGACUUUUUUUUGUCAUUGUGAUAGUUUUACUAUAGAAGUUUCUCCUUAUUGUUUCUGUACCAAGAAGUUUUAAGUUAUUUUAUUAGUGUUUAAGUUAAUAGUUAAGACAUUUAUUGAAAUUUUUCAAUGCACAAAACCGGAACAGUCCGUCUGAAUAUAAUUUAUAUAAAUAUCUGUUCCAUAUGAAAUAAGUAUAAAGGAUCUCAAUUAUUAUUUUUCUAGUCCAUUUCAAAUAUUAAAAAGUAAGUAUUAACCCUUAAUUCGACGA